CUUGCACCGCAUCCCUCACCAUCCCCACCGCGUGCACUUCCACAAGCGACCAUCCAAGAUGCUCGGGUCUAACAUGGCCGCACCUGUAGUCGGACCGGACGCCUCCGCAGUGCCCCUACCACCCGUUCGCCCCGUUAGGCCCCUCCAUCAGUCGUCGCUUAGCACGACUUCCUCGUCCUCCACCGGAUCUUCCAUCCUACCCGAAGUUGUCAAGGAAGAAGAGUUGGCACACUCCUCCGUCGCGUUGAAAGCAAAGCACUACAAGCACGCAUCCUUCGCGGCAAACGUCCUUGACAUCAUCCACACGAUCAAUGUGCCGACAUGGGAUCACGCGUCGAUCGCGCCUGAGGACAUCAAGGUCUUCAAGGUCUCCGGUUCGAUGACGAAUGCCGUAUUCUUCAUCUCAUGCCCAUCGAUACCCUCCGCACACACCCUGCUACUCCGCGUCUAUGGCCCGUCCUCGGGCGAGCUUAUCUCCCGCCCGCGCGAACUCCACACCCUUCACAUCCUCUCCUCCCGCUACCACAUUGGUCCCCGUGUAUACGGCACCUUUGCAAAUGGACGCGUCGAGGAGUACUUCGAGUCCACCACGCUCUCGGCGGAGGACUUGCGCAACCCCGAGAUCAGCCGAUGGAUUGGUGCACGCAUGGCCGAACUGCACUCGGUCGACAUCGACAUCGUGGAGGACGGCGCAGAGUGGGAGAUAGCAGCUACGGCGAACGUCAAGUCGUGGCUCGGGCAUGCGCGGGAUGUGCUCUCGCUUCCUGCGAUACUGGAAGCCGCACGGCGAGAGAUCGACAUUGACGCAUUCGAGGUCGAGUUCCGGAAGUACACCGAGUGGUUAGCUACGGUGGACGACGAGCAGGCGGGCAACCGACGUGUAUUCGCGCACAACGAUACACAGUACGGCAACCUUCUCCGGCUGAAGGCUCUCAGCCCUGGUGUGCCCAAGCAUCGACAGAUCAUCGUCGUCGACUUCGAGUACGCAGCACCAAACCCUGCUGCCUUCGACAUCGCCAACCACUUCCACGAGUGGACAGCCAACUACCACAGCGACACUCCCCACCUCCUCGACCCCACCCGCUACCCCACCGCCGACGAGCGCCGAAACAUGUACAAAGCGUACGCGGACCACUCAGGCAUCGUCGGCGUCUCCGACCACUGGCUCGGCGUGCUCGAGGAUCAGUCUAGGCUCGCGUACAAUGCAUUCAGCUCUUCAGACGACUCUCGACGUAUGCGAAUCUCCCUCUUCUUUGGCGCCGUCGCGUUCUACUACCUCCUCACGUCCUCCGCGAUCGAUAUCCCCGCCUACAUCCCCUCGUCGCUAUCCUGGUACACGGGCGCUACUAUGAGCACAGUUGCUACACCUAAGGGCUGGUACAAGCGCAUCGCGCCGCACCCCGCGCCCGAGCACUGGACGCCGCGCAGGGAGGCGCUCGCGCUCGCGGUCCUCCGGAGCACGAAGGUCGAGCCCGAGGGCUUCACGCUCGCGCUGUUCUCGGACAAGGUGGAAGACAAGCACGUCGCAGUCGACUCACUCGGCCGCGUCGUCCUGGUGCCCAAGGGUGACCACGACGCCUUGGUUGCGCACGCGACGGACGCGACGGCGCUUCCCGAGACGGGCAUGUUCCGCAACCUAUGGCAAGUCGCGCGCCCGACGACAGGGCAGCCGAUCGACCGCAUCAUCGUCCCCAAGGAAGGUGGGGGCAACGCCGAAAUCAGUGUUAGUGGCUGGGCGGGCAGCGCAGAGGAGGCGAUGCCGCUGAAGCGCCCGGUCGAGGGUCAUGAAGAGCUUCCUGUUGUGUUGAAGGAAUUGGUCGGGCUUGCAUUGGAGGCAAGGGAGGAGUUUGACAGCGGGAAGGUAGAUCAGGCAAUGGUUAGCAGGGUGAAGAAUAUUCUGUAGGCGGUCGCUAUUGUUUGAGGACUAGGGGAACAGGCGUAUGUACUAUAGCAUCGUGAAGGCAAGUUCACUGGACAACGAUUGCGAUGGAAUCCAGUUUUGUUGAAGUC